UUCAUCAAUUCACAAAAGAAUAGAAAACUUUAUUUCAUGAAUCAUUUAUUUUUAAAAGUUUAAGUUAUUAUGUGUUGUCUGAUAAACUCUCUCAUGCAACAUAUCAAAUGCAUAGAUUCACUUACUGAAACUCAACUUUGUAGUUAGAUUAGAAAAAUGGGUGACAGCAAAAAUCAAACUCUAUUGUGUUGUUAGAAUCCUGAAAUGGAAGCUGAAAAAGUGGUGCAUACAGGAGGCUGCCAUUGUAAGAGUGUAAGGUGGAGAGUGCUUGCUCCUUCUAGUGUUGAAGUAUGGGACUGCAACUGCUCAAACUGCUAUAUGAGAGCUAAUGUUCAUUUUAUUGUACCUGCUGGCAAAUUUGAGCUUUUGGGAAAUUCUGCUGAGUUUCUUACAACUUACACGUUUGGUUCUCACACUGCAAAGCACACAUUCUGUAAAGUAUGUGGUAUAACUUCAUUCUAUUAUCCACGCUCAAACCCAGAUGGAGUUGCAGUUUCAUUCAGGUGUGUCGAUUCCGGAACAUUGACACACGUUGAAAUCAAGCAUUUUGAUGGGAAGAAUUGGGAACGCUCAUACAAUGAGUCGGGCAUUUCUUCACGUUCAAAGGAGCAGAAGUGAUUCCCAUAACAUCAGUGGCUACAAAUAAGUUGAUAUCAUCAGCAUUUCUGUCAUGAAGCAUAUAUUUCCCUCAACACAUUUUGUGUUGUUGCUGAAAUGGCUUCAAUAUAUCUGAUGUAAUGCCCAUAACAUCAGUGGCUACAAAUAAGUUGAUAUCAUCAGCAUUUCUAUCAUGAAGCAUAUAUUUCCCUCAACACAUUUCGUGUUGUUGCUAAAAUGGCUUCAAUAUAUCUGAUGUAAUGCGAAUAAAAAUAAAUGCAAACAGACCAAUUAUUAUAUUUGAAUGUAGUUUUGGAUUGUUUA